AAAUGAAAGAACCAAAAUCUCAGAAUCUUUGCAACUAUUCCCAGCACAAACUCCAAAUUCACUAGACCUAUAUUAAUGAACUCAUCGUAUCUACAAAGCAAGAUUGUAUCCAAAAUUCUGACAAGCUCCAAUUCAUAAAUUAAUGAUUCCUUCACUUUCACUAGUACUAGUUUUGGUUGGCUCCAUCGGAAAAAUCGAAGCCCAGACUGACUUUUCCUCACUUCUAAUUUUUUGUUAGUGGGGUUUGCAGGCGGAUUCUUCACGGCCCAGAAUAUUUUUAAGUUUCUUACCCAGCUUGCUUUCACAGUUUUUCUCUUCCCAUAUAAAUUAAGGCAUUCAUCCAUGUACAUAUUCAGGAAACCUGGUCCAAAAUUCGCCUGACGAAUUUCAAGAUUUAAAAUGGUUCACAAAGUUUUUACCUGGCGUUAUGGGGGCGGGAGAGUUUUUCUUUGUGGUUCCUUUAAUGGGUGGACAGAGAGGAUACAGAUGAUUAAUGUGGAGGGUUGUGCCACUGUUUUUCAGAGGAUUUUGGAUCUUCAACCGGGUUAUUAUCAGUAUAAGUACUUGGUUGAUGAUGUCUGGCGAGUUGACGAGGAACAGCAUUGUGUUCGGGAUGGGUUUGGAAUGAUUAACAACGUGGCUUAUGUGGAGGAAACAGAAAUCUUAUGUCCUUCCUUUUCUGCUCAAUCUUUACAUCAGAAUCAAGGGACACCUUCUGGUGGCUCACUUCAUAAACCUGUAUUUCAAUUGCCAAUCAACGAGAUUGAUGUUUUGCGUUACCGUCUGUCGCUGCAUUUGUCAUCAUCUACAGUAUAUGACUUGAUGCCUGACUCAGGCAAGGUUAUUGCUUUGGAUGUUGGAGCUGCAGUGAAGCAGGCAUUCCAUCUUAUGUAUGAAGAGGGUGUUGCAGUUCUUCCUCUGUGGGAUGAACAAAACACAAAGAUUGUGGGGAUGUUGACUGCCUCCGAUUUCAUAUCGAUUUUGUUGCAGCUUGACCGUAAUCGUGCUAUACUGACUGAUGAAGAAAUUGAAGAGCACACAAUUUCUGCUUGGAAAGAUAUAAAAUUUCGACAUCAUAGAGAAGUCAGUGGGACCUCACAGCCGCUUUGCCGAACGGCUUUAAUCCAAGCUGGUCCAGAUGAGUCGUUGAAAGAUGUGGCUUUGAGGAUUCUGCACAACAAGAUUUCUGCAGUUCCAAUUUUAAGUUCAAGUGAAGAUGGGUCUUGUCCUAACUUAUUAUUCAUAGCAUGCCUCUCCGGAAUACUAAAACAUAUAUGCGGGCAUUUUCGAAGACAUCUGGAGUUUCUGCCUCUACUGCAGCAACCAGUUGGUAAUCUGCCAUUAGGUACGUGGGCUAGAGAAAUUGGGAAGAGCGGUGAUCGUCUACUGCUAACAUUGCGAGCCAGUGAGCCACUUAGUUCAGCUCUUAAUUUAUUAAUCCAAGCAUGUGUAAGUUCUGUACCUAUAGUUGAUGACAAUGGGAUUCUUGUAGAUGUGUACUGUAAGAGUGAUAUCACCUCCUUGGCAAACAGCAAUGGUUAUACUCGUAUUCAGCUUGAUCAGACAAUUAUAUCUCAAGCGCUGGAGACUGCAGAUGUAACUAGCCAAAGUCGGUAUCAGACCUGUACUCGUUUUGAUUCCUUGUAUAGGGUGAUGGAGCUUCUCUCAGAUCAAGCUGUGCGGCGUGUUAUUGUCAUUGAGGCCAGCAGCCGACAAGUAGAAGGCAUAAUCACCUUAAGAGACAUUUUUAGUUACUUUUUAGCUUAAUUCUCUUGUAAAUUCUCUCUCGCCUGUAUCAAAAUUUUGCCUCCCGGCAAAAACAGUCUUGAUAGACAUGAUCUUACACUUCGGCCAAAUAUUUUUGUUGGCACUAAUUAAUGGACAUGGUGCAAUAUUUACCUAA